AUGUCGACAGCUUUAUUCUUUUCCUCAGGAAUAUCCACAGAUCUCCGCCUCCAUCAUAGAGCUCUGAAUCUCUCCAGAACCUACAAAUCAGGUUUAAGCAAUCGAAAGGUGUGUUUUUUGAACAAGAAACUCACCUGCAGUUUAUCAUCGAGCACAGAGAAUGUAGCUCCUAAGGAUGAUGAAAGAGAAAAGGAUAGAGCUUUGGUGAAGAUGUGCGGUAUCACAUCAGCCCGAGAUGCUGCUAUGGCAGUUGAAGCUGGUGCUGAUUUCAUCGGGAUGAUUAUUUGGCCCCAUUCAAAACGAUCCAUUUCUCUCUCUGUUGCAAAGGAUAUCUCCAAAGUGGCGAGAGAAGGUGGGGCCAAACCUGUUGGUGUUUUUGUUGAGGAUGAUGAGAGCACGAUACUGAGAGCAGCUGAUGCCUCUGACCUUGAGCUUGUGCAGCUUCAUGGUAAUGGUUCGCGUGCUGCCUUUUCGGGAUUAGUACGGGAAAGGAGAGUCAUAUAUGUCCUUAAUGCAAGUGAGGAUGGAAAGCUCCUGAAUGAAGUUCCUGAACAGGAUACUCCUCAUCUCGCUGAUUGGAUUCUUGUGGAUAGUGCAACUGGUGGGAGUGGAAAAGGAUUUAACUGGGCUCAGUUCAAGUUACCCUCCAUCAGAAGCAGCAAUGGGUGGCUCUUAGCUGGAGGAAUCAAUCCGGAAAAUGUUUCAGAAGCUCUUUCUCUCCUUCAACCUGAUGGAAUUGAUGUUAGCAGCGGUAUUUGCGGUACAGAUGGCAUCCAGAAGGAUCAGUCUAAGAUAAGUUCCUUCAUUACUGCAGUUCGCUCUGUACAGUAUUAA